AUAUUGGGAAAUCCAUAGCUAAGACGCCAGGACCCCCUGAAAGCCUAGAAAUGGGGCCAUUGACAUUUAGGGAUGUGGCCAUAGAAUUCUCUCUGGAGGAGUGGCAAUGCCUGGACACUGCUCAGCAGGAUUUGUAUAGGAAAGUGAUGUUAGAGAACUACAGAAACCUGGCCUUCUUGGGUAUUGCUGUCUCUAUGCCAGAUCUGGUCACCUGUCUGCAGCAAGGAAAAGAUCCCUGGAAUGUGAAGAGACAAAGUACGGUAGUCAAACCCCCAGUUAUAUGUUCUCAUUUUGCUGAAGACUUUUGCCCAGGGCCAGGCAUUAAAGAUUCUUUUCAAAAAGUGAUACUGAGAGAAUAUGUAAAAUGUGGACAUAAGGAUUUACAGUUAAAAAGAUGUAAAAGUAUGAAUGAGUGUAAUGUGCACAAAGAAGGUUAUAAUGAACUAAACCAGUGUUUGACAACUACCCAGAGCAAAAUAUUUCAAUGUGAUAAAUAUGUGAAAGUCUUUCAUAAACUUUUAAAUUCAAAUAGACAUAAUACAAAACAUACUGGAAAGAAAACUUUCAAAUGUAAAAAAUGUGGCAAAUCAUUUUGCAUGCCUUUACACCUAUGUCAGCAUAAAAGAAUUCAUAUUAGAGAGAAUUCUCACCGAUGUGAAGAAUGUGGCAAAGCCUUUAUCUGGUUUUCAACCCUUACUAGACACAGAAGAGUUCAUACUGGAGAGAAAUCCUACAAAUAUGAAUGUGGCAAAUCUUUUAACCGGGACUCAAACCUUACUACACAUAAGAGAAUUCAUACUGGACAGAAACCCUACAAAUGUGAAGAAUGUGGCACAUCUUUCUACCAAUUCUCAUACCUUACUAGGCAUAAGCUAAUUCAUACUAGAGAGAAACCCUAUAAAUGUGAAUAUGGCAAAACUUUUAACCAAUCUUCAACCCUUACUGGACAUAAGAUAAUUCAUACUGGAGAAAACCCCUAUAAAUGUGAAGAAUGUGGCAAAGCCUUUGGUAUUUUCUCAACCCUUACUCAACAUAAGAUAAUUCACACUGAAGAGAAAUCGCACAGAUGUGAAGAAUAUUGCAAAGCUUAUAAGGAGUCCUCACACCUUACUACACAUGAAAGAAUUCAUACUGGAGAGAAACCCUACAAAUGUGAAGAAUGUGGCAAAGCCUUUAGUGUAUUCUCAAUUCUUACUAAACAUAAAAUAAUUCAUACAGAAGAGAAACCCUACAAAUGUGAAGAAUGUGGCAAAGCUUUUAAUCGAUCCUCACACAUUACUACACAUAAGAGAAUUCAUACUGGACACAAACCCUACAAAUGUAAAGAAUGUGGCAAAUCCUUUAGUGUAUUCUCAACCCUUACUAAACAUAAGAUAAUUCAUACUGAUGAGAAACCCUACAAAUGUGAAGAAUGUGGCAAAGCUUUUAACUGAUCUUCAAUCCUUAGCAUACAUAAGAAAAUUCAUACUGGAGAAAAACCCUACAAAUGUGAAGAAUGUGGCAAAACUUUUAAGCAGUCAUCACACCUCGCUGGCCACAAGCAAAUUCAUAGUGUACAAAAACCCUACAAAUGUGAAGAAUGUGGCAAAGCCUUUAGUAUAUUCUCAACCCUUACUAAACAUAAGAUAAUUCAUACUGAAGAGAAACCCUACAAAUGUGAAAAAUGUGGCAAAACUUUCUACCGAUUCUCAAACCUUAAUACGCAUAAGAUAAUUCAUACUGGAGAGAAACCUUGCAAAUGUGAAGAAUGUGGCAAAGCUUUUAACCAUUCCUCAAACCUUAUUAAACAUAAGCUAAUUCAUACUGGAGACAAGCCCUACAAAUGUGAAGCAUGUGGUAAAGCUUUUAGGCGGUCUUCACAUCUUAGUAGACAUAAGAUAAUUCAUAUUGGAAUUUAUACUGAAGAGAUUGUACAAAAGUGAAGAAUGUGGCAAAGGCCUUUACUGCUCCUAUUCCCUUACUAAAGAAUGUGGCAAAGCUUUUCACCAGUACUUUACCCUUACUACACAUAAGAUAAUUCAUGCUGGAGAGAAACCCUACAAAUGUGAAGAAUGUGGCAAAGAUUUCUAUUGAUUCUCAUACCUUACUAAAUAUAAGAUAAUUCAUAUUGGAGAGAAAUUCUACAGAUGUGAAGAAUGUGGCAAAGGCUUUAAUUAGUUCUCAUCCCUUACUAAACAUAAGAGAAUUCUUACCAUAGAGAAAUCCUACAAAUGUGAAGAAUGUGACAAAGCUUUUAACCACUUCUCAACCCUGCCUACACAUAAGAUAAUUCAUACUGGAAGGAAACCCUACAAAUAUGAAGAAUGUCUCAAAGCUUUUUACUGAUUCUUAUACCUUACUAAACAUAAAAUAAUUCAUAAAGGAGAUAAAUUAUACAAAUGUGGAGAAUGUGGCAAAGCUUUUAACAAAUCCUCAUCCAUUAGUAAACAUAAGAUAAUUCAUACUGGAGAGAAAACCUACAAAUGUGAGGAAUGUGGCAAAGCCUUUAGCCUGUCCCUCCAAUUUACUGCACAUAAGAUAAUUUAUACUGGAGAGAAGCCCUAUGAAUGUGAAAAAUGUGGCAAACCUUUUAACCAAUCCUCAACCCUUACUACACAUUAGAUAAUUCAUGCUGGAGAGAAACCCUACAAAUGUGAAAAAUGUGGCAAAGCUUUUAACCAAUUUUCAAACCUUACUAAACAUAAGAUAACUCAUACUGGAGAAAAAUCUUACAAAUGUGAAGAAUGCAGCAAAGCCUUUAUCCAGUCCUCAACUCCUACUAAACAUAA